AUGGCAAUCUUGAUCAUGGCUGCCAACUGUUCAGGCAUUGUCGGCAAACAACUGUUCAGGGAAGAAGAUGCCCCGAAGUACCGCCAAGGCUGGGCCGUCAUCACAGGCCUCACCACGGUUGCAGUGGCUUGUGGCAUCUGGGCCAAUGUUCAGUACUACAUUCUCAACAAGCGCAGGCUGAGCCGAACAAAUCUUCUUUACCAGUACUGA